AUGCCGAAAAGAUUAGGCAAUUGGGAGGUCCCGCGUUGGGCGCCAACACGCCCACGCCCUGUGGAAAUGCGACCAACACCAAAGCCGAUUUGUGACAUCAACGGUCGCUUUCUGCCGGGUGCACCGAAAGGGUCGUCGAAAUGCUUCGGCCACUACACCGGGACCUGGGAAUUGCCAAGAAAGAUUACUAGAAAAGUCGCGGAGGAGUUGGCUAAGGAGCCGCCGGACAGCCGAUUCUCCGACUGGCUGCAUCCUAGGAUACAAAGGCCCAAGGUCGCAGCGGAAAGCGGUUCGGCGCGCAUGCGUUCGGGGAAGCGCGGCAAAUCCACCAAAGCGGAUUCCGAAAACGCUUCCAGCCCACAAACGUUCAAAGAGGAUCAGGAUUUUGUAGAAACAAAAGAUUCUAAUGGCGCGAAUGUAAAUGAGGAGACGUUUGUUCGUGAUAUCGGUUUGAAUGGCGUGGAAGAAAAUGACCCUUUAGGGCUAGAUAUCGAUAAAAAUAAGGAACCCAUUGAUGAGGAUGGGCACGGACCGUACGUACCAGGCUCGUUAACCGAUCCAGAGCAUAGACACGAAAGUUAUGAUCUACUACUCAAGGACGCCGUCGAGCAAGUACACGGACCGCAGGGGGAUAGAGCCGACAAUUUCUGGAGCAGAGUAGCGGAAAAUGCGAAGCAAGAUGUGCGAGCCGACGGGACCAUGAAAUUCGCGAAACGGAGCGAAACCCCGAAGCUGCCGUACGUGAACGUGUCGCAGAAUUUCCACUUCGCGAAGAGAAUGCACGUCGGCAACUUGGAGCACCAGCCGCUGCCCGACACGUUGGGUUAUCGCAACCUGACGAAAGUGGGCGAGCACCGCGACUCCGAUAUAGUGGUUAAGCCCUACGCGAUAGGAUGGAAAGGCUACGGGGCGUCGGGGCCUACCUGCUGCACCAAAAUGCGCGUCCACAGACCGAAGACCUGCGAUCCGAAGAAAGCUGAGGAAGCGGAAGACCGCAAACAGCGCCCGUCGACGUCCGCCCCGGAUUUGGGCGGGCAGUACAAGAAGCCGAUGUCCCUAAUGGACCUCGCCAUAUGCUGGGAUUUCAGACCCAAUGACCCCAAAUUAGAGCCGACCCCACCAAAGCAUAUAGAUGGAUCCAACGGCUCCAAAGCGCCGGCCGUCUUCACAAUGGUUCAUACCCCGAAGGAGGAACCACAAAAGACGAUCAGUCACCCCUUCCCCAUAUUCAACCAGAAUCGCAUCGCGGAAGACACCGGACGUCAUCCCGUCCCGUACUUUGAGAAAGAUACGACGAAGGAAAAGCGCAAGGGUUCCUGCGAAGUCCAACACUGUCCUCAGCACAAUGGAAACACGAAAAGCAGGUCGUCGAGCAGAAAGAGUUCUGCCGAUUCUGGCAAAAGCGCAAAAUGUGACGGUAUACAUGGAUGCGGCACGCCAAGCAGCGCAGGCGGGAGUACUAACGCGAGAAGACCCGACAAGCUGCAAGCGGUGAAAGACGCCUGGACCCCGAGUGCAGAGAAGAAUCUCGAUAUAAAUCGGAACAGGAACAGCUUGGAGUCGUACGAGCAGACCCCACUGGCCCAAGGCAAACUGCGCCAAAGUUCGCCCAACGAGUCGAUCACGAAACACUGUAAGGGCUUGAGCAGCGUAAAGCACAAGCAUUGCGUGUCCUGCAACGGUGCCAAGGCCGCGAGCGCUCCGAAGCCGCGGGAGGACUAUAAGUUCGCUUUCAAAGCGGGCAACCCGAACUCCGUGCAGAGCGUGAGCUCGGGCGAUUCGAAGGCGGUGAAAAUGCCCAAAAUGCGGCACCCUUACACCAAGAAGUCGUACACCAUCCCCACGCUGGCGCCGCCGUUCAGCAUAUGGCGGGAUGCGAACGCUACGGGCUACCCGGAACACUGGCGUCUGGCAAGCGUCUAUCAGCACGCCUACAAACCGCCCGAGCAACGACGUAAGCCCCUCAUCGACAGCGUCUACCAA